AUCAGCUGUUGGCACACCAUACACGCGACAAGGGAAGUCAUCAAACAAGAAUACCAGAAAACAAAGCAUCAAAAGUCUAUAUUGUCACUCGAGUGCAUCCGAGCAACAUGGAGUACACAUUCAGGGCAGUAACUCGCAGCGCAGGGAUUAUAAUCUGGAGAAUUGAGAACAUGGAGCUGGUACAAAUCCCAGAGAAAUCGUAUGGAAACUUUUACGAGGGUGACUGCUACAUACUUCUGUCUACUCAGAAGGUAGGCAGCUCUCUCGCUUAUGACGUCCAUUACUGGAUCGGCUGUCAGUCCUCUCAGGAUGAACAGGGUGCAGCUGCUAUUUACACCGUCCAGCUCGACGAGUUCCUGGGCUCCACUCCGGUCCAGCACCGCGAGGUUCAGAGCCACGAGUCUGAUGCCUUCAAGGGCUACUUCAAACAAGGAGUAAUCUAUAAGAAAGGUGGCGUUGCAUCAGGAAUGAGGCACACUGAAACCAACAACUACGAUGUGAAGAGACUGCUUCAUGUCAAAGGGAGGAAAAGAGUGAUUGCAAGAGAGGUGGAGAUGAGCUGGACGAGCUUCAACCUUGGAGAUGUGUUUUUGUUGGACAUUGGGAAGACCAUUGUUCAGUGGAACGGACCCAAGUGUAACAAACAGGAAAUGCUUAAAGGCAUGUUGUUGGCCAAGGACAUCCGGGACAGAGAGAGAGGAGGCCGGGCGGAGAUCCGAGUGAUCGAGGGGGACGCAGAGAGCAACUCCCCUCAGAACAUGGAGGUCCUGGAGGGCGUUCUGGGCAAAAGAAGCUCCAAGCCGACGGACGGACCUCCAGAUGAAACUGCUGACCAGGAACAGAAAGCAAAACUCACUCUUUACCAGGUGUCAGAUGAUGAUGGAAAGAUGAAGGUCACAGAAGCUGCUUCUAGACCUCUGGUUCAGGAUCUCCUCAGCCAUGAGGACUGCUUCAUCCUGGAUCAAGGAGGAACAAAGAUCUUUGUAUGGAAGGGAAAGAAAGCAAACAAAGCUGAGAGGCAGGUUGCCAUGUCCAGAGCUUUGGAGUUCAUCAAAGCGAAAAACUACCCUGUGACAACAAAUGUGGAGACGGUGAAUGACGGGGCGGAGUCAGCUCUGUUUAAGCAGCUGUUCCAGAGGUGGACUGUGAAGGACCAGACUCAAGGUCUGGGAAAAGUGCAUACAAGAGGGAAAGUGGCUCACAUCACACAGGAAAAGUUUGACGCCUCUCUGAUGCACGCCAUGCCAGAGGUCGCUGCACAGGAGCGCAUGGUGGACAAUGGCUCAGGUGAAGUGGAGAUGUGGAGAAUUGAAGACCUGGAGCUUGUCCUCGUGGACCCUUCAUGGCACGGAUACUUUUAUGGAGGAGACUGCUACCUGAUCCUGUAUACCUAUCUGGCUAACAACAAGAAGAGUUACCUGCUCUAUAUGUGGCAGGGGCUUCAUGCGACACAGGAUGAAAUUGCAGCCUCAGCAUUUCAGGCAGUGAUCUUGGAUCAGAAGUACGGUGACGAGCCAGUCCAAGUCAGAAUAACAAUGGGAAAGGAACCAAGACACUUUAUGGCGAUGUUCAAGGGCAAAAUGGUCAUAUAUGAGGGCGGCACAUCUAGAGAAGGGGGCACUGACCCAGAGCCGCCCAUCAGGUUGUUCCAGGUUCACGGUUCUGACCCGUCCAACACCAAAGCCAUGGAGCUUACUGCGCUGGCCAGCUCUCUCAACUCCAAUGAUGUGUUUCUACUAAAGAGCCAAUCAGGAAUCCACCUGUGGUGUGGAAAGGGAUCCAGUGGAGACGAGAGAGCCAUGGCUAAGGAGGUGAGCUCUGUGAUUGGCCAGAAGUCAAAACAAGGCUCUGAGGAGAUUGUGGCAGAGGGUCAGGAGCCCUUUGAAUUCUGGGAGUUGCUUGGAGGGAAAGCUCCCUAUGCUAAUGACAAGAGAUUACAGCAGAGCGUUUUAGACCAACAGCCGCGCCUGUUUGAAUGCUCCAAUAAGACGGGACGCUUCAUCGUGACUGAAGUGACCCAGUUCACGCAGGAUGACCUCAACGAGGACGAUGUCAUGCUGUUGGACACAUGGGACCAGGUGAUUCUCUGGAUCGGUAAAGAAGCCAAUGAGGUGGAGCGUAAAGAAGCAGUGGUGACCAGCAGAGAGUACCUGCGCACACACCCCGGCGCCAGAGACCCAGACACCCCCAUCGUCCUGAUCAAGCAGGGCUUUGAGCCGCCCACCUUCACUGGGUGGUUCACAGCCUGGGACCCCUCCAAGUGGAGUGGAGGAAAGAGCUAUGAGGAGUUGAAGAAGGAGUUGGGAGAUGAAGUAUCACCUGUUAGCGUUGCAUUGGAGCAGAACUGUGUGGAAAGUGAGAAAAGCUUUCCACCUGACGACUUGGUCAACAAGCUCACCAAUGAGCUGCCCGAAGGUGUUGACCCAACCCAGAAAGAGAAAUACCUGUCCGACUCUGACUUCAACAACAUUUUUGGGAUUAACAAAGAUGACUUUGCCAGCAUGCCACAGUGGAAACAACUGAAAAUGAAGAAAGAAGUGGGGAUGUUUUGAUCAGAUUCAUAUCUGUUUUGUGUCAGCCCCUCCUUAUCUAUAACUAGCAACGUUCCACUUUAGCUCAAUCUGAUUUCCGAUUAAAUGUAAUGCAUAUAUUCAUCUUUUUAUAUUGUAAUUGAUUGUUCCAAAUCAAUGUAAUACAAUCUUCAGUACUUAAUUGUAUCCUGUGUUGAUGUUGUACAAUCAACAGAUGAAUUAUUUGUGAUAUUAAUCAACUGUGUUGCUUAUUUAUCUGUGUGUUACUGAAAACCUAUAAGAAGAAUUUCAGUACUGAUGAAAACACAAGAUAAGAUAGCAUUUAGACAUAAAAACAACUCAUUUAAAUGUGGUUUACUUUUUUUUUAAAAACAGAUACAGCUAAGAACCUGAAUAGUAAAAACGGAACUAAAUGGAAUAUGUUAACAGGUUUAAAUUAUCAACAUCACCUAAUAAAAAAAAAAUGCUAUCAAUUGUAUUAAAUAUGAGUUUCCCACUUAACAAAUCAAAUGUAAGGAGGCUCUGACUCCUACAUGUGAUAAAGGUCUGCUCUGCCAUCUAUUGGACAAACGUCCGGCGUACACAAUUCAGAGAUCAAAAUAAAAACUUAAUUUAAAAAGUGACUUCCAACAUGAUGUGAAUGUUUAUCACUGCUGAUAAGCUUGUGACUUGUGUUGGAAAAUAACAGUGAAAAUGUGUGAUCCAAUUAUCAUGUCAAGAAUAUGGAAGUAAAAAUAAAUCA